AAUAGACGGACGCGAACGUAACCUAGCAACACAGCGCGCGUCAGAGGGACCAAACUGUUUCUAACGGAGUGAGUCUGGAGGAAAAGUUGCUGUGAUGUUGUCAAAAUGUCUUUCAACCCUGAAGUCCGGUUACACAGAGCAGGCGUCCAGCGGCUGUCGGUGAGUACAGAAGAGGUUCAGGAGUGGAGCCCCAGUCUGGACCAGGACCCAGAGCUGCCCCACAUUAAAGAGGAGCAGGAGGAGCUCUGGACCAGUCAGGAGGGAGAGCAGCUUCGAGGGCUGGAGGAGGCCGAUAUCACCGAGUUCCCAUUCGCUCCUGUGAAGAGUGAAGAAGAUGAUGAUGAAGAGAAACCUCAGUCCUCGCAGCUUCAUCAAAGCCAAACCGAAGAGAACAGAGAUGCAGAGCAUUUGAAACCAGAAGCUGAUGGAGAGGACUGUGGAGGACCAGAACCAGCCAGGAACUUUAAUCCAGAUAAUCAUUUACAACCAGCUCCUCGUGACAAGACUUCACACUCCUCUGAACCCGAGACUGACGACAGUUGUGAUUGGGAAGAGACCAGGGAACCUCAGUCAGGUUUAAACCCAGUACCUGUGCGUGAUCAGGACUGUAAUACUGGAAAAACAUCAGUUAGCUCCUCUGAAUGUGCUACAAGCUUUGACCUCAAGGAACAUCUGCAGAAACACAAUGGAAUCCAAACAGCAGUGAAACCAUUUAGCUGCUCAGUUUGUGGUAAACGAUACCUUCAUAAGAUCUCUUUAAUGACUCAUAUGAGGCUUCAUUCAGAAAGCGAACGUUUCAGCUGCUCAGUUUGUAAAACGUGUUUCGAUUACAGAAGCAAUUUGUUCAAACACAUGAGAAUCCACACGGGGGAGAAACCCUUCAGUUGUUCGGUGUGCGCUAAAAGAUUCGCGCAAAAGGGACAUCUGAGUCGACACUUGAAUUUCCACACCGGGGAGAAACCCUUCAGUUGUUCAGUUUGUGGUAAAGGAUUCGCACGAAAGGAUCAUCUGACACAACACUCGACUGUCCACACAGGGGAGAAACCGUUCAGUUGCAGCGUUUGUGAUAAAAGAUUCACUCAACUCCACAAUGUCAAAACACACAAGUGUGCUGGUGAGAGCAGCAGAAAUAAAUGAAGCUGCAUGUGGAGCAACGCUGAUCAGCUAAAAACUGUGAUACAGACUCCAAAAUAAGUCCUGCUUUAUCUUCUCUUUUCAGCGGAGAUGAAGCUACGUGAUCAUUUAAAUUCAGUUUUUUCGUCGUUUUCCGGAGACUGUACUUUUAAGUACGAUAUGUAUUCAUUGAUUUAAAAUGUAUUUAAAUUGUCUACAAGUAUUUGAUGUCGCCUGUACAGCAACUACGGUCAACAAUUCGAUAUCAGGAAUAAUACUUUGAGCCUGUUUGUGCUUGAUACUAUCAGUAGUGAAGCUUUCUUUAUUUAAUUGAAAGCAAAAUCUGUGUCCAAACAUGUCUGAAGACGGAAGACGUGAUACCGGAAGCAAUGUUACUUACCGUGGCUAACAUGCUAACUUUUUGUCCCGUUAACGUACAGCGUGCGUUACCAUAAGAUGCAACCGGAGUGAACCACCAGAGCCUGCAUGUGCGGAUAAACGUGUUUAAGUGGACGUUGUGCAAACUUUCUGAUGUUUCCCCUCAGACUCGUCUCCUGUUAGCCAGAAAUGCUAAAUGCAGUUAGCGUAGCUUGCUAGCUGGAAAUAGACGGGACUCGGAAACACAGCGCUACUCAGAGGAACUUCGAUAGAGUCCAAACUGUAUUUUUCAUGGACCCAAAAUGUCCAAAUGAACCCGCCUGAAUAGACUCUGUGCUGUCCCCUUUAUUUUAAAAUGUUUUACGUCUGAAUUAUCUCCUGGAGUCCUAAGAAGCUAAUGAAGUUAGCCUAGCUUGCUGGCUGGAAAGCAACUAUUAGUUAUGUAGAGAUCAUGCUUCUCAUACCAGGUUUAAAAUGGGUUUAAAUGCAGCAAAAUCUGUGUCCAAACAUGUCUGUCUUUUAUUUUUAUUUUUUGUUACUGUCAGCAGAUCCUACGUGCAGACCCAAACCUGCAACGUGUUAGUCUCUCAGUACUGUCUCACUUCCUGUCUGCGGCUCUCGGCUCCGAGCCCCACUGGUUCCUGCUGAAGAAGUGAAUGUUUAAAAAGACCUCACAGAUAUAUAGUUUCCUCAGUAAUUUCCUCAAACAGCUGCUCGCUGUAGUUUUUAGAUUAGAUUCAACUUUAUUGAUUAUUAAGUGCAAGGCAACGAAAUGCAUUUUAUCAGACUAACAGGAGGAAACGGUGCGUCUGUUGGGGACUAUUUUCAGCGGCGGAUGAAUCCACAUGUGGUGCUGUAGUGAGUGUUUGGGGCAGCAGGACGGUGUGUGUGGGGCUGAGCCAGAAUAAACUACAGUGUGUGUGUGUUCAUGGUGAUGAAGGAACAUGUCUAUACUUUAACAUGUAUUUGUUCACUACAGUGCGGGUAUGAUGACGCUGAGCAUGAUUCAUGCUGAUUUUUGUGUCAUUUCUUAUUAAAUUGAGAUUGGUAGUUCAAUCGAAAUGCAGAAAAGUGUAUAAUUUAGGACUAUAAUGUUGUUAAAGGAUUUAUUCACAGCCUGAUUCGUGGAAUAGUUAUUAAAUACUUUCUUGACGUCU